AUGGAUCCAGAAGAUUCCGUCUACUCCGAGUCGGCAGCUAGCACUAAAACAUUUGCCAUGCAGCUUGCCCAUGCCAGCGACAUCUACAGUCAGGAGAGAAUGUGCACCUGCACCAUGUUAUCAAACUCGGCAAUGCUUCGGCAGCUGGACAUCAGGCACCAGAAGAAAAAGAAGACCUGGGACAACCAAACUGUCGUGAAACACAUCAAGGAAAGCUUUGGUGAACGUAUUCCAGAGGAUGUCAGCCUCGAGUUUCUAAUGGCUUGUGGCAAUAAGCUGGUGUCUCCAAAGCUCCAAGAUGGUCAGGAGCUGAAUGGGAUGCUGAUCCUAAAGGUUUUUAAAACCAAAGCCCUCUAUAGUGAAUCAGAUGAAGACAAAGAUCCUUCCCACAUCAGCUCCAAAUCAGCAUUAAGCAGUUCUGCAACUGAUAAGGACAGUGACAAUGAUUGUUUUGAAGUUGAUAGUUCAAAAAUCCAACAAGACAUGAGCAGCCAAGUCACUACAAGGUUAAGAAGUCAUGUUAAAGGUGAUAACCCUGGCACUAGCAGUGAUGAAGAAGAUGAUACUGGGACCAACUGUAUUGGAAGGAGUGUUGCUCUCAGAGGGGACUGGUACUACAUCUCUGGCAAAGCCAUUGCAGUGAGCUUGGUACAUGGUGGUCCACCACCUAACUUUCUGUCACCAACAGUAUUUUCCCUUCUGGUUGGAAAUUCAGCAAAUCCAGCCCUGGAAGACAUAGCUGACCUGGAACUCUUUGAAAAAGUCAAAAAGAUAUCUCAAAGUACAACCCUUGAGGACCUUGAAAAGUCAAAAGAACCUCUGCUUGAUUACUUGGCCAAUGCAGGAUGCCUGAGGCCUGUGCGCUCACUAAGAGACAGGGAUCUGCUGGUACAUGAUAUUGUCAUGUUUCAGGUCAUCCACAGGGUUCAAGGUCCAUUUCAAAGAUUUUGUGAAGGUCUGAAAACUCUUGGGGUUCUCGAGAAAAUGAGGAGGCAUCCAGACGGUUUUCGCCCUCUGUUCUGCUAUGAGCCACAUAUGCUGACUGCUGACCAGGUGGAUGAUCUUUUCAACAUUCAUCUAUCUCCAGAAGGAAGCAACAGAAGAGCUGCUGAGGAGAUGGUUGUUACCUUCUGGAGAGACCAUCUCCAAGAUGCAGAAGAAGAAAAAGGACCUUCCAAAUUACAGAAGAUAUUGGCCUUUGCAACUGGAGCAACUGCGGUGCCACCUAUUGGCUUUUCCCCAGCACCCUCGAUUGAGUUCAUUCAUAGAGGAGACGAUGACUUCUCUUCUACACCAAUUUUCCCUCUUGCCAACACGUGUGUUAACUGCAUUAGGCUGCCACUGCAUGUUUCAUACCAGCUGUUCAAGGAGAAGUUUGAUUUUGCAUUAGGUAACACUUACGGCUUUGGCAGGGUAUGA